GUAAUAAGUUUUAUUUCUUUUUUACAUAUAUAUAAAAACGAAUAAUAUAUAAUCGUUAUAAAGUUUAUUCCUAUAUUAUUGAAAUUUUUCAAACGUGAAACAUCUUGGUACCAAAUGAACACCUUGUUCAAAAUGAUCAUUUAAUGAUCUUCUGUUGCUAUGGGACAUAAAUGAAAAGAUUACCAUUUUAAAUGUCAUAAAUUAUAUCUUCUUUUGUAUUAAAUGUAUAACUCAGAGAGAUCAAAGGAUCGAGAAAUCAGAUUUUUCCAUAGGAAAUGGCUACAUAUUUUAAUAAAUAUGUAAUGUAAGAUUAUUCUAGAUACGUUAAAUGUAUUAAAACGCUUAACAUUAUUUUAUAUUCAUAUCUAUGCAUUCGAUACAUAGAUCAUUUUAGAAAAGCGAUCAUAAAAUUCUCCAAGAGGGACAAACUAUUGAGGAAAGGCUGAUCAGAAGCCAUUCUCGUAUAUCGAUAGCGAAUAAAUCUACUCUUAAUUCCCUAGUUUAACUCGAUUUCUAACUUCGCUCCCUUGAUCUACAUUAAUUCGUUCAUCAUCAUCAUUCCAUUUGAAACGAACCAAUCGUCACCGCUUAGCCAAUAACUCAAAACGAUAAAUAGAUUAAUCACAAGUGACACAAUGGAACAUUAAACAGCGACACGUAACGAACCAGAAGAAACAGAAUUCAUAAACAAACGAGAUUAUUCGAAAGCAGUUUCAACUUGAAAGGAAGAAACAUUACCAGCUGUCGGAUUGAAGAAUCGAGAAAUCGAGCGUGAAGUUAAGAUCAGGGACUGACAUCAUCCUUUCAAGAAGAUCGGUUCUCGUUCAAGUAUCAUAUGAUGAUCGUGCAACGACCUUAAAAGUAAAGAUCUUAUAUACGUGCCAACAGAAUCAGCCGGCGAGGCUUCAAUUUAUCUUAAAACGUUCACAUACUCUCUCAAUUUUAUUGCGUUUGAAAUUGAAACAAUCCUGAAGAUCGUUGACGAGGAACUAUGAAAGUCGAAAAAAUUUCCGUUAUUUUCUUGGUAUUUGGAUUAUCUCUGAUAUUGGUCGCUAACGUAAACGCAGAAUGGAAAUUCUGGAACAAAGAUAAGGGUAAAGAAGAAAUAACAAUGGCUACAAUUUUUGUACCAAGUAUUCUCAAAGAAAGUGAUCCUACACUAGUGACUGGAAUCAAUUUGACUAUGAUAAAUAAUAUCCGUUCAAAUAAAUCAAGUACAGGAGCAGAAAUAAGUUUUGAUAUCUCAAAACUGGAAAAAAUAAAUGAUAAUACACCUGAAGGAUGUAAAACAUGGUUUGCCACUUUAGGAAUUUCUGCAGAAGAAUUUCUCGAAUAUAUCAAAUCCUUAAAAAUUUCUGUUCAAAAAUCACUAACUAAUAGAGAUUUCAAAUCAAAUUCUAUAACUGCAACAACACAAACACCAGGUAUCAAAGCAAUUUCGACGUUAGGAAACAUAUUCUCACAACAACAUCAACCUCAAUCUCAUCCUCAAUCUCAACUUCAAAAACCUCAGCUUCAACUCCAACCUCAACCUCAGCUUCAACUUCAUCCUCAACCUCAACCUCAGCUUCAACUUCAACCUCAACCUCAGCUUCAACUUCAUCCUCAACCUCAACCUCAGCUUCAACUUCAUCCUCAACCUCAAUCUCAGCUUCAACUUCAUCCUCAACCUCAACCUCAACUUCAACUUCAUCCUCAACCUCAAUCUCAGCUUCAACUUCAUCCUCAACCUCAGCCUCAGCUUCAAAUUCAUCCUCAACCUCAACCUCAGCUUCAACUUCAUCCUCAACCUCAACCUCAGCUUCAACUUCAUCCUCAACCUCAACCUCAGCUUCAACUUCAUCCUCAACCUCAAUCUCAGCUUCAACUUCAUCCUCAACCUCAGCCUCAGCUUCAAAUUCAUCCUCAACCUCAACCUCAGCUUCAACUUCAUCCUCAACCUCAAGCUCAAGCUCAACCUCAACCUCAAGCUCAACCUCAACCUCAACCUCAACCUCAACCUCAAGCUCAACCUCAACCUCAAGCUCAACCUCAAGCUCAAGCUCAACCUCAACCUCAAUCUCAAUCUCAACCUACACUUCACUCUCAAUCUACAUCUCACCUUCAACCUCAACCUCUUCCUCAAUCUCAACUUCAUCCUCAACCUCAAACUCAAUCUCCAUCUCAACUUCAAUCUCAACUUCAAUCUCAACCUACACUUCACCCUCAACCUCCAUCUCAAUCUCAACCUAUAUCUCGUCCUCAACUUACACUUCAUCCUCCACCUCAAUCUCAUCUUCAAUCUCAACCUCAAACUCAAACUCAACCUCAACCUCAACCUCAAUCUCAACCUCAACCUCAACCUCAUCCUCAACCUCAACUUCGUCCCCAAUCUCAACCUCAAGCUCAACCUCAACCUCAUCCUCAACUUCAACUUCGUCCACAAUCUCAACCUCAAGCUCAACCUCAACCUCAUCCUCAACUUCAACUUCGUCCACAAUCUCAACCUCAAGCUCAACCUCAACCUCAUCCUCAACUUCAACUUCGUCCCCAAUCUCAACCUCAAGCUCAACUUCAACCUCUCUCUCAACCUCAACCUUUCCCUCAAUCUCAACUUCACCCUCAUCCUCAACCUCGUCUUCAAUUUCAUAUUCAUCCUCAACCUCAUCCUCAACCUCGUCCUCAAUCUCAUCCUCAUCCUCAACCUCAAUCCCAAUCUCAACCUCACUUUCAAUUCCCUCUUCCACCUUUCUCUCAACCCCAUUCUCAAUCUCACUUUCAAUUCCCUCUUCAUUCGCAACCCCAUCCUCAACCUCGUCCUCAACUCCAUCCUCAACCUCGUCCUCAAUCUCAUCCUCAACCCCAACCUCAACCUCACUUUCAAUUCCCUCUUCUACCUCACUCUCAAUCCUAUCCACAAUCUCAUCCUCAACCUCAUCCUCAUCCUCAAGCUCAUUCUCAAUCUCGUCCUCAAUUUCACCCUCAAUCUCAUCCUCAACCUCAACUUCGUCCUCAAUCUCUUCCUCAUCCUCAACCUCAUCCUCAACCUCAUCCUCAUCCUCAACCUCAACCUCAACCUCAACCUCAACCUCAACCUCAACCUCAACCUCAACCUCAGCCUCAACUUCAACCUCAACCUCAUCCUCAUCCUCAUCCUCAUCCUCAACCUCAAUCUCGUCUUCAUCCUCAACCUUAUUCUCAACCUCAUCCUCAUCCUCAACCUCAACCUCAACCUCAAGCUCAACCUCAACUUCAUCCUCAUCUUCAAAAAUCUGAACCUCAAUCUCACUUACCAAAUCAAGAACUUCAAUCUGAAUUUCACUCUCAAUCUCACUUGCACACAUUUGAUAUGUCGAAACCCCCUCAAUCAUCCAGUAUGACAUCACCAAUAAAAAAAUUUGAUAUUCCUCAUGUUGAUACUUCUGAUACUACUCUAAUGAAAUUGGACAAAAUAAAAGAUCAACCUCAAUCAAAAUCUGGGCCAUUAACAGGAGCAACUCAGAAUACCUAUUCUAGUAAUCCUACUUACAGCAAAGGUCGCAACAUUACUAAAGAAGAUUUAGAAAAGCUUUCUGAGGCUCUAUAUAUGAAAGAUACUAAUAACGUAAAUAGAUAUAUCAAACUGAAUUUACAAAAAAAGACGAAUAGUAACGAUACAACAGACGAAGCAUCACAACCAUUAUUCACGGUAAAUCCACAAGCAUAUAAAACACCCACAAUUCAAAAAGUUAUAUCAAUGUAUGACAAAUACAAUGCCCAAGGUAAUGUAAGCGAGAAUAUAAGUCUACAGCACCGACACGAAGAGAAUGCUUUAAUAAAUACAUUCCUUAACACGAAUGUGAUGUCCGCUGCCAUGAGAUUCUUGGCGAAUAAAGAUCAUAUAUGUAAUGAUUAUUACGAGUACAAAGAUAUGUUAAGAAAAUUAUGGUUUAGCUUAUACUCUCAAGAAGGUGGAAAAAUGAGUAGCUCAGCUUUUGAACAUGUUUUCAUGUCCGAAGUUAAGAAGUUAAAAACUGGAACUAAUUUGGUUGGAUUGCAUAAUUGGAUUUUCUACAGUAAAGAAGAAAGCAAAGGGAACGUAAAUUACAAUGGAUAUAUAAAAAAAGUUGACCUCGGAGAUAACGCUUCUAUUAUCAAAGUACGAUCACAAUAUGGAUAUAUUAAACCGGUGACGACAUUAUUCGUGGGUACCUCACCCGAACUGGAGAUGGCACUGUACACAGUAUGUUUUUAUGCAAGACCUGAUGGAAAUUGUCCAAUGUCUCUUGGAGGAACAAAGUUUGAUAUCGUCACUUCUAAAUUUAAAUAUAAAGGAAAGGAAAUGAUAGAAACAGCCUAUCCAAAAAUAUAAAUUUAUUAAGAUAAAUUUAUUUAUAUUUUCAAGAAAACAAAGAUAAUUUUGUAGUAUGUAUGAUUACGAUUAUAAAAAUUAUAUUAACGAAUAUAUGAGGUAUAGAUGUUAUAUAUCAUUCAAGAAAUUUUAUAUUGAAAACAAAUUUGAAUCAUCAAUAAUGUUUGUAUUGAUGCUAUUUGCAUUGAAUAAAUAAAUUUUAUUUUUGAUUUGAAUAUAUAAAUAUCAUUUUAUGUACAUUGACCAUUAAUAAUAUUUAU